AUGUUCUACACUCAAGUCCUUAUGAGUAAGCGGGGACCAUUGGCCAAAAUAUGGCUUGCAGCUCACUGGGAGAAGAAACUCACGAAAGCUCAUGUAUUUGAAUGUAAUCUAGAGAUAACCAUUGAAAAAAUUCUGUCACCUAAGGUGAAAAUUGCACUUCGAACUUCAGGACAUCUGCUUUUGGGAGUUGUUCGAAUAUAUAAUAGGAAGGCAAAAUACCUUCUGGCAGAUUGCAAUGAAGCAUUUCUUAAAAUGAAGAUGACAUUUCGUCCAGGACUAGUUGACCUUCCAAAAGAGAGUUUUGAAGCAGCUUACAAUACAAUAACAUUGCCAGAAGAAUUUUAUGAUUUUGACAACCAGAAUAUGAAUACUACAGAAGUUUCAGAACACUUCACUCUGAACCAAAGUAAACCUGAAGAUAUCACACUUCGAGAAAAUUAUAGUAAUGAUCUACUUUUCCAAGCUGGAAGUUUUGGGGAGGAAUCUGAAAUUCUCAGAAGACAUAGCUUUUUUGAUGACAACAUCUUGCUGAAUUCCAGUGGUCCUUUAGUUGAACAGAGUUCUGAAAGUGUCAUUGGAGAAAAUGUUCUGUUCUGUAACAGUGGAGAUGGAUUUGGAGAUGAAGGAGCUGCAGGAGAAAUGAUUGAUAAUCUUUUGCAAGAUGAUGAGAAUCUUUUUUUAGAAGAUGCGGAUUUGAAUAGAGAAAUUUCCCUGCCUCCUGAGCCUUUACAAACAACAGUGGUAGAAACAGACCCAGAGAGCAUAUGUCUACCAGAAAAUGAAGAAAUAAAUGCAAUCACACUGUCAAAUGAAGAGGAACGAUUUUCCCUUGAACCAAUUGAUAUUUCAGACAUUGCUGAGAAAAAGAAAGGUAAAAAGAGGAAGUUGCUCAUAGAUCCAGUGAAGGAGAUCAGUAGCAAAAUUAUGCAUAAACAACUUAAUUCCUUUACUGAUACUCUCAUGGUUUUGGAACUUGCACCUCCCACUAAAAGACUGAUGAUGUGGAAGAAGAAAGGAGGAGUAGAGACUCUUCUGUCAACGGCUGCGCAGGAUUUGACUCAUGCUGAACUGAAAAUGCUUUUUGCAAAAUUUUUUCUGUCCUGUAACUUUAAACUUACAAGAAAUUUGAUACUGAAGGAAUCAGUAAUGGAAGAACCAGAAAAUAAAACCAUAAAAGAGACCUCCAUGACAGAAGAGCCAAGUUACCAACCAGAGUCCAGUCAAACCAAAGUUUGGAAGGAAGUGAUUGAUGGAUCUAUUGGUGGGUCUUAUGACGAUACAAGUAGAAAUAAUAACUCUGAGCAGGAUAUUGUUGAAAUGAUUUGUUCAGCUGCUGUGGAAUCAAAUUCUACCCCCACACAAGAAACUGAAAAUCACCAAGUUGAGAUGGAGCCAUUGGAAAAUGAGCAAAACAUGGAAGAGAGAUGGAAUCGAAGAAUACUUUAUAUGUUAAAUAAAUUGCGGGAAGCCAACAAGAUGGGAAAGGAAUACUUUAGUCUAAUGAUGCUCUGUAAAAAUGGUGACCGAAAACAAGCAGCAGCCAAAUUUUAUAGCUUCCUUGCCCUGAAAAAGCAGAAGGCAAUUGAACUGAGCCAGAGUGCUCCCUACGAAGAUAUCAUAGCUACAGUGGGACCAAUGUUCCAUGAAAUGUGA